GCAGAGAGAUUCUGAGUUCCCUUUGAAAGCGUGAAAUAUUGCUGUGUUCUUCGUAUACAAGCCUAGCGUUUGAAGGUUAUGAGAGUUAACAUCCGUUGGAUCCUUUGAUUCCAUAUUUUGUGGACGAUAUUCAUGGUACCUCAUAGAGAGGAGGUUUCUUGUGGCGCAUAAACAAGAAAAAUAUCUGAGUUGCUGUUCUGAGUGUUGAGCGAAAAACGGAGGAAGAGGAAAUUAUUGCUUAUAUUGGGAUUUGUGUUAUUAGGUUAAAUUUUCAGAGAUUUAGGGUUUCAAAAGAGUGUAGAAGAGAUGGAGCAGAAACAUGUUUUGAUGUCGGCUUUGGGGGUGGGGAUAGGAGUUGGAAUGGGUCUGGGAUUGGCUUCAGGUCAGACAGUAAGCAAAUGGACGGGUUAUGAUUCCUCUGCAAAUGUCAUCACCGGAGAGAGAAUGGAGCAUGAGAUGAUGAAACUAAUUAUUGAUGGCAGAGAUAGCAAAGUUACAUUUGAAGAAUUCCCGUACUACCUCAGCGAGCAGACAAGAGUCUUAUUAACAAGUGCUGCUUUUGUCCACUUAAAGAAAGCUGAUUUUUCUAAGCAUACAAGGAAUCUUUCUCCUGCAAGUCGAACUAUUUUGCUCUCAGGACCUGCUGAACUUUACCAACAAAUGCUUGUGAAGGCCUUAGCUCAUUACUUUCAAGCCAAGUUACUGUUAUUAGAUGCAACUGACUUUUCUUUGAAGAUCCAGAGCAAAUAUGGAAGUGUCAACAAAGGAUCAUCUGUCAAAAGGUCCAUUUCUGAGACAACACUGGGGCGUGUGUCUAGUUUAUUUGGGUCAUUUUCAAUUCGUCAACCAAAAGAGGAAACUGUAGGUAUGAUAGAAAAAAUUCUUUUAUUCUUAGUGAAGCAGAUUUUUUUUUUUUUUUUUUUUUUUUUUUUUUUUUUUUUUCUAUUAUUAUUAUUUUUACCGCUGGAAAACAGAUUUAUUUAUUUAUUUUUAUUUUUAUACGCAAUGGAUAUGAGCGUGCAAUAUACAUUUUCUUCUUAUCUCAUUUCUCUAUGUAUUCACACUCUCUCUCAUCAAGUGAUAUUCUUAAAAUCCAAGAAGGUUGGAAUCCGGUCCUCGCCUGAAUAUGGAUUCAUCGGUUCCUCACCGGAAUCUGGAUUUGUCGACCAGAAUCUUAAUCUAAGCCUCGUCAGAAUCCGGACAUGUGGUAUUGAGGCUAAGCAGCCCAACUCUGCCAUGAGAAAAUCUGCUCGUGUGCAGCUGAUUAAGAAUGGGAAGAAGAUCGCUGCAUUUGUACCCAAUGAUGGUUGCUUAAACUAUAUUGAGAAGAAUGCCAAUAAUACAGGCCCUAAUAUGAAGAGCAAAUUUGAGGGUAAAAUUGGCUUAACAAAUAUUUUGUAUGCCAUUGCUUUCCCUUUCCUUCCUUAUCCUCCCAAUUUUGGAAGUUUUAUCCAAAUUUUGAAUUUCAUUUUUGGCAAAUUACGUAGACAAAGCAGUGUUGUAGAUUUUGGAUCAAGGGGAAUAGAAGGAUAUUCUAAUCCUCCGAGGCUUCGUAGAAAUGCAUCUGAUUCAGCUAAUAUGGAUAACUUCGUUUCGCAAUGCACUUCUGCAAAUCCAGCUCCUCUUAAGCGCACAAGCAGCUGGGCUUUUGAUGACAAGCUUUUCAUUCAUGCGCUUUAUAAGGUUCUGGUUUCUGUAUCAAAAACCGACCCCAUUGUUCUGUAUUUAAGGGAUAUAGAGAAGCUCUUAUUUAGAUCGCAGAGGACAUACAUCAUGUUCCAGAAAAUGUUCAAGAGGAUGUCCGGAUCAGUGCUGAUCCUUGGUUCCCGAGUUUUAGAUCCUGGUAGUGACUACAGAGAGGUAGAUGAGAGGCUUACUUCGCUAUUCCCUUACAAUAUUGAAAUCCAGCCACCCGAAGAUGAAACUCAUCUUGUUAGUUGGAAGUCUCAACUGGAGGAAGAUAUGAAGAUGAUCAAAUAUCAGGAUAACAAAAACCACAUACUUGAAGUUCUUGCAGCCAAUGACCUUGACACGGACGAUUUGGAUACAAUCUGCUUGUCAGACACGAUGGUUCUUAGUAAAUACAUAGAAGAAAUUGUGGUAUCAGCAAUUUCUUAUCAUUUAACGCAUAACAAGGAUCCUGAAUAUAGGAAUGGAAAACUCGUUAUUUCAUCUGCAAGUUUGUCCCAUGGAUUGAGGGUAUUCCAGGGUGGUAUGUCUGGUGGAAAGAACGCUCUAAAGCUGGAGGAUGCACCUGGUGUGAAGCCGGAAAUAAAAUCUGGAAGCAGAGUCCCCGGAAACAAAAGUGAAGCAGUGGCAUCAGCUUCAACGGUGAAGGAUGGGCAUAAUCCAGUUCCAGCAUCAAAAGUUUCGGACGUUGCUCCUGACAAUGAAUUUGAGAAGCGCAUAAGGCCAGAGGUCAUACCCGCGAACGAGAUUGGGGUGACAUUUGCUGAUAUUGGUGCCUUGGAAGAGAUUAAAGAAUCUCUUCAGGAACUAGUGAUGCUACCUCUUCGGAGACCAGACCUUUUUAAGGGAGGCCUUUUAAAACCAUGCAGAGGAAUAUUGCUAUUUGGUCCCCCUGGUACUGGAAAGACCAUGCUGGCCAAGGCAAUUGCCAGGGAGGCUGGAGCAAGCUUCAUCAAUGUGUCCAUGUCUACCAUUACUUCAAAAUGGUUUGGUGAAGAUGAGAAGAAUGUCCGAGCACUGUUUACUCUUGCAGCCAAGGUCUCCCCUACUAUUGUAUUUGUGGAUGAGGUCGAUAGCAUGCUUGGGCAGCGAACGAGAGCUGGGGAGCAUGAAGCCAUGCGGAAGAUAAAGAAUGAGUUCAUGACUCAUUGGGAUGGGCUCAUGACAAAACCAGGUGAAAGGAUUCUUGUUCUUGCUGCGACCAAUAGGCCAUUUGACCUCGAUGAAGCAAUUAUUAGACGUUUCGAGAGGAGAAUCAUGGUUGGCUUACCGUCUGUGGAGAACCGGGAAAGAAUUAUGAAAACUCUCUUGGCAAAAGAAAAAGUUGAUGAAGGCCUAGACUUUAAGGAGAUUGCAACUAUGACUGAAGGAUAUAGUGGAAGUGAUCUGAAGAACUUGUGCACAACGGCUGCUUACCGGCCAGUUAGGGAGUUGAUACAGCAAGAAAGGCUGAAGGAUAUUGAGAAAAGGCAGAGAAGUUUUGAUAGAAAAAACUCUGAAGACGCUCCCGAAGAAAGUGAAGAGGAAAGAAUCAUAACUAUAAGGCCGUUGAACAUGGAGGACUUCAAGGAGGCGAAAAAUCAAGUUGCAGCCAGCUUUGCAGCUGAGGGAUCGGUUAUGUCCGAGUUGAAGCAAUGGAAUGAUUUGUAUGGAGAAGGAGGUUCAAGGAAAAAGGAGCAGUUGUCAUACUUCCUAUAAGAGCCAUGAGUAGAGACCUAACAUUCCAAUCUAUGAGGUAGUUACACUGGCAGAACAUGAUCAAACUGGUUCUGUUUUCUCCGUGAAAUAGAACGAGCUUGUAACACGAUACAUAUAUAUAUGUGUUCUAUAUUAGGUGUGCUGUAUUACAGUAAGGAGGAGAUAACUUCUUGUAAAAUAGAAUUAAGUUUGUACUGCUAGUUCUCUAGUACGUGUGAUGAUAUGUUUGUUUGUAAAAUAGAAUUAAGUGUGUUACACUAGCAUUGACUGCUUCCUGUGUUGUAAUAAUAUAUAGGUUGUGUGUGACUUCAUUGUAAAAGAUUAUUAUGUAUAUUGUAAGUUUGCAACUAUGGACCCAUUGUACAUGGGUUACACUGGGUUUUAGUCUAAUUUUACCCAUGAACUCGAACACCAACAUAUUCAGUUUUUCGGGAGUAUAUAUGUAGUUUUUUUUUUUUUUUUUUUUCUUUUCAAGUCUGCAUUAAAAUUGGGAUUCAUGGCAGAAACAUCGGUCCUCUGGAAAAGAAGAAAUGCUGUGAUGGGAGUCAUUCUGUGAUCCAAAUGGCAUAUUCUAUACCUGGUUACUUGUUCAAAUAACUGCAAAUCGCAUCCAGAUGCAAGGUCAAUCAUCAUUGUGAAAAAAUAAAAAAAAAACAAACAA